AUGCAACAAGCCUAUCCAGACACUUGUGGAAAUGGGCGCAUUGACCGUGGGGAGGAGUGCGACUCUACUCCACCAUCGAUGCCAGCACUGUUUUUAGCUGGUUCUAGUUUCAUGUCUGAGGGCCUCGGAGACGCUGCCUUCAGCCUGAAUGGCACUGGCAACGUUGCCAUCACAGCUACAUCCAUAGAUGGGGGUUCCGCUGGUGUGGGGCGCAGCUGCUGUGAUGCUGCCACGUGUCUGGCAGAGCCCACGGCGGCCUGCGUGGAUGGACCCUGCUGUACGGCAGAGUGUCAAAUCGCUCCGCCCGGCCUUGUCUGCCGUCCCGCUGAAGACGUCUGCGAUCUCGACGAGGUUUGCAACGGACGGCAGGUAGGCCUUUCUCGUUUAAUUCCCACUUGCAUUGCCAUGCGAAUCGGUGUGAAUGGACACAAUUCUUGUCAUUACUCUUUCUUAUCACAUCAUUUUACCAACUUUUGA